ACAGAAUGUCAUGCCCAAUGUACAAACUAGGGAAGUUUCCUGGAAGAGCAUCCAGUCUGGACUCAGGAAUCAGUUCUGGCAUUGAUCAGCAGGUGGUCAUAAUGCUCAUACUGUUCCUGCUCUGGCUUGUGCAAUGCCUCCGCCAUUUUGUCAAUGUGUUCCUGGAUGAGGACCUCAACCAGCAGAGGACUCAGAUGAUGCAGGAGUUGGCCCACAUGACUGUGGAGCAGAGUUUUGGGUCCUGGGGAGCUGUGCUCUGGACAGCAGUGCAGCAAUUCCUGUUCUGGGCCCUUGCUGGAUCCCUGAUGGUGCUCUUGGCACUUUACUGGUGGCUCAGGAAAAGGGUCCAUGAGGUGGACAACAGAAGGGACUCAGAGAGUGAAGAAAGUGAGGGAGAAAAUCCCGCUGAGAGGAAUAUGAUCUGGAUCUUUUCAAGACGCUUCCAGCUGUCAGUGCCAAAGCUGGCUUCUAGGAGACGGGUGGUGCAGGACCUGCUGAGUGACCUUCUCCGAGUCUCCCACAGCCUCUUUUCAGACAGCUUCUUCCCAGUGCUGGAACCAGUCAUUGGGGUGGGCAGUGCCUGUGAAGGAUGGAGUCCCCAUAAGGAGGAGGACAUUGUCUACUGCAUGUUCGUGCCCCUGAAGCCACCCCGUGGGCAUGCCUUCCACCUGGAGCCAGACCCCACAGGGGAGAUGCCACAAACGAGCAUGCGCGUCCGCGUGGAGCUGGUGUGCACCUGCACCGGGGAACAGCCUGACCAGAACAUGCUGUGCUUCCUCCACCACUCUGAGCAGGAGCUGAAGAGAAAUCAGGUGGCCAGCCUUCUACACACCCUCUGCACUGGCCCUUACCUCGAUGGGGAGAAAAUUGCCCUCUGGUUCCAGACGUUUGUGAUCUCAGCCUGGUCGAUGGUGCCUCAGUCCCGUCGCUACAGCAUGAAGGUGCUCCCCUCCUGCCGCUCCUGCAAGAUGAAGCUGAUGAAAGCCUCUGGGAGAAGCCUCUUUGUGGAGACAGUAUUCAGUGUGCAGCAAGGUGACUCGGACAUCUUCCUGAGCAGCCAGCCUCCAGAGGCCCAACUGCCCCCAAGCACAACGUGGCUGGAGAGCUAUGCUGUGGCAGAGGCAAAGUUCUUCAGGCAUGUGGCCAUGCAGGCCCCACCACGCAGCUGCCACCUCAAAUGCCUGCGGCUCUGUGCUCGCAUUCUGGAGGGCUCAGGCCUUUCUAUCUAUGCCUUGAAGACCACGGUCAUGCACCUCCUGACCUUGAUCCCUCUGUCAGAAUGGCAGCACAAGUAUCUCCUGAUGCGGGUGGAUGACACCAUGCGCUACCUGCGCUGUUGCCUCGAGGAGAAACGCCUCAAGCACUUCUUCUUUGACAAUGAGGACAUGCCCCAGGAGAUUUCCUUGCCCCCAGCCUUCAAAGGGGCACAGCCCCUGAAUCUCUUCCAGUACCUGGCACAGGACCCAGCCGCUCAGACUGAGGCAUUGAAGAAGUUUGAUGACCUGCAGUAUCACUUCUACUUUGGGUUCUGA